GCUGAUUUGCGAUCUGCCCGUCCGUCGCUUCAUUUCCCAUUUUUUGGCUCAAGCGGAUCAUCGGAGUCUUCAGCCUCAGAGGACCGUGUCAAGGCCAUGGCGCCCGUGACGGACAACCGCGCCGUUGCAACGGAGAUCGAAGGUAACGAUGUGUCCGAGGUCAUGAACGUUGACAUGCGCAGCCGCACCGCGAUGUUCCCGGCAACCCUCGCCAACGCCGCGGACGGCACAGGCAGCCUGCAGCCUUCCAGAACUGCGAUGUGGAUCGCUCCGGAUGAUGAGGAUGAUGACAUCUACGUCCGCUCCCGCACUGCGAUGCUGCCUCUUGGAGACGACCCCGCAGGAACCACGGACGAGGAUGAGGCGGAUUUGGUGGAUCUCGGCACGCGCUCGCGCACCGCCAUGCUGCCAGAGCCGGAGACAGAAGGCCGGCCGAAGCCUUCGAGGACUGCGAUGAUGGAGGAGCCAGAUUCAAGCACCGACAGCAGCCGCUUCCGACGCUUGCUGAACGCUUUGCGGCCGUAGGCUUUGCGCCUUACCCCGAGGAUCGGGGCCCGGCGUUGCUGCGGGCACGCGUGCGAAACUCUGGCGCGGAUCCGCCUGUGGAUCCAUGGGUGAAAAGGAGCACCAUGAAUUGCGGUCCGGACGUGCGCGACUUUUUUCAGGCCACAAAGAGUUGUGUGUGUGUGUGUGUGUGUGUGUG